AGUCACUGAGCAGAAGUAUGGUUUCUUGGGUUGGGUUUAGUGCACUUCUUGUGUUGGCUGCCUCCCAUGAAAUGAGUGCAACCUUGAGUCCUACAUUUUACGAUGAUUCAUGUCCGGAUCUGAAAUGGAUAGUAGACAGUGUUCUCCAAGCUGCAUUACUCAAAGAUCCCAGAAUUGGAGCCAAGCUUCUAAGAAUGCAUUUCCACGACUGUUUUGUUCAGGGUUGUGAUGCCUCCGUGCUGCUGGAUGAAGCACAAGGAGAGAAAACUGCUCAGCCAAACUUGAACUCGUUGAUGGGUUUUGAUGUUGUAGAUUCCAUCAAGAGUGCAGUGGAAAGUGCGUGUCCAGGAAUUGUUUCAUGUGCCGAUAUCCUGGCAGUAGCAGCUGAAGUGUCCGUAGUGUUGGCUGGAGGGCCAUCUUGGAAGGUGUUGCUGGGAAGGCGAGACAGCUUGACCGGAAGCAAGAGGCUUGCAAACAGGGACAUUCCGCCGCCAACUUCCACCUUUUCCCAGCUGGUGAAGGCGUUCAAGAAGAAAGGCCUGUCGGCGGAGGACAUGAUCGUCCUUUCGGGCGGGCACACGAUUGGAGCAUCCCGUUGCGCGAGUUUCACGCAGAGGCUGUAUAACCAGAGCGGGAGUUUCCAGGCUGAUCCAACAAUCGAGAAGCGCUACCUGUUCAAUCUACAGCAGGUGUGUCCCAGGAAUGGAGACGGCAACGUGACACAGUCUCUUGACUUCAGCCCCCGGUCCUUCGACAACAACUACUACAAGCUUGUGGUGUCGAAUCUGGGGCUCCUCAACUCGGACCAAGUAUUGACGACACAGUCUCAGGGUAGCGCCGCUCUUGUGAGUGCCUUGAGCAGGGACCAGACGAGCUUCUUCAAUAGGUUUGCAGUGUCCAUGGUUAAGAUGGGGAACAUUUCCCCUCUGGUUGGCAACAAGGGGGAGAUCCGGAAUAAGUGCCGAUACAGGAACUAAAAAACUGUCCCGGCCUGGUUUUGCAUAAGAAAGUGAUGUAUACCACCUCUCUAAAUAAACUUGUGAGCUCCGCUCUGCUCCGCUAGCUCUC